AUGACGGCACGAAUUUCCACACCUGGCCCGCAAAACGCGGAGAAGAGCCAUCGCGAUGAAGCGGAUUACGCCUUGGUCGUCCAAAGGAAGGCCAGGGGAGUUGCCGAGGCGAUACGGGCGACCAGCAUGGUCAAAAAUGAGUCCUGGGCCAGUCCCCUCGCAGCAGCUCCUUCCGCCGUGAGCACAAUGGCCAUUCUCCUCAAAACCUCGAGUUCAAAGCGUGCUGCUGGCAUUAAAGUCACGUCGCGAGACAUCAAGGAUUCGAUGGGUAAUGUGAUCGGUGAGCUGAGUUUCGAGCCGCUACAAAGCAAUCUGGAGUAUUGCUCCAGCCUUGGUCAUCAUGCAUUCAGGAAGGCCAGAAGCACGAUGGAGUAUAUCAACCUGAUAGCAAACAAGAUGAUCAAAGACGGGGGCAGCAUCGAAAAGAUUCUCCGCGCCAUCAACGAGGUGGAGGAUGAGGAUGACGAAGAUGAAGACGAUUACGACCUCUCCGAAGGCAUCAAAGACAUUCAAAACGAGACGGCACAAUGUCUAGCAAAGAUCACAGCUCUCACCGGCGAUUUUGAGUUCUGGUACCGGGUGAUUGAAACCCUCAAGGCAAACGUCAUUGCCUGCGACAGACAAACGCAGAACGAAGCCAACAUAAACGAAGAAUCACUCCAGAAGACGGAAUUCGCGAAGGAAAAGCUGGAAACAAACGGCAAGACCACGUCCGAAGUCAUCGAGCAGCUGGAGGCGCAGCUACAACUUGCGAAGGAGAACGUCUCCAAAGCCCAGACACGUGUGACGGAGCUGGAAAACAUAGUGCCAGCACCGGAGCCAAGCGCAGAAGACGAACAGAUCUUGGCUGACACCUUGAUUCCCCUUGAGAAAAGAAAGAAGACUAUGUUCGGUAGGCUGAUACAGAAGGUUGCCGGCGAGAGUGUGGAGGAGUACAAGAUCCGGGUGGAGCACCAGCGCGAUGUUGAGCAACGCCGAGCCAAUUUCCUCAAAGAGAGCAAGGAGAAACGCGAAGCCGAGAAGAAGGCGGCGCAGAAGGCCCUAACGGAUGCUCAGGCUCGUGAGAGCUCGCUCAAUAAGCAGUGGUCCAAGCUCAUUGCGGACGUGAGCAAGAACAAGGAAAAGCUAGCAUCAGCCAAGCACAACCUCGACAACACAGAAGCGAGGUUCAAACGACUAAGCGAUGAGAAGAUUGAGCUUGCGGAAAUACUGGAAAUCCUAGAGGAGUCAAGGCGCGAGCUGGGGACCUUGAAAGGACAGGUUGAAGAACUCGUCACCUUCUUCCAUUCCAUUCUUAACGAGGUCGAAGUAGCAGUCACCAUGGAAGUCCAGAAAGAGAUCGUCAGGCCGAUCACCAACAAGCUCAUGUAUAAUGCGCAGGGGGUCUACCAAGGGGUGAGACUAGGAAAGAAGACGAAACAGAACAUUCACAACAGUGCUAUUGGCAUUCAGGGCAACUUUUGCGCCAUUAAGGACAUUACGGGCGUUUAUGUCGUGGCUUCUGACCGUUACAUUAUGCCCGCUAUCAAGAAGAUGACAUCCCUCGCUGAUGCCAAACCAGAGGACUGGCCUGAACAGCGUGAUGCGUUCACCAGCUGGUGCCGCAAGUCUACGGCGGAGAUUGAAGCCCUAACUACGACCACUGACGAAGAAAUCGUGGAGCACAUGACGGAGCGCGUCAGACACCUGGAGUUGGCUGUGCGGCCCGUGCCUUUGAUCGCGGGAGCUGCUCGCUGA